AUGUCUUUCUGUUCUAUUGAUUUAUAACUAUUAGUUUAAUUAAUAAAAUAGUAACAUAUUAUAUUUACCCUCUGUACUUAGUUUUAUUAAUGUAGAAGAGAGGCGGACGCGCUGAUUAAUUAUAAAUUCGAAAUUAUUGUGAAAUAUUUUCCAAAUUUUCAGAUUGAUAAGUCUUCGUGUAAAUUUCAAAAGAAAGUUACAAAUAUGGCUAUUAAUUCAUUAGAAAGCGGAUACGACGAUUCACCAACAAAGUCGGUAGAUUCUAGCAGUUGGCGGUUAAACUCCGUUUCGAAGAAAUCGAGUCCAUGUGUUAAUGGAAGUUUAAAGAGUGGUUCAAGUUAUCGCAGUAAACAACAAUCAAAAAGCCUGAUGAUAUCCCCAUACCUCAAUGGCGAUAAGGUGAAAUUACAUUCUAGGGUUACAGAGAAAAAAAUGGUUCAUAAGAAAACCACAGAUUUUGUAUCUUCAUUUCCGUUAGCGGCUAGCAUAUAUAAAGCAAAUUCAGAUGAAUUUAAAAUACCCAAGCGGAAGCACAAGAAAGUAAAAAAAUCUGUGCUUACCCUUCCCAACGAUCUCACUUUACCCCAAGCAUGUACUGUAAGCGAUAUGAAUGACUCGGAGUAUAAUGAGACUAAGAAUAUAAGGAAGCCUAAACCUAAAAAGAAAAGAAACAUUAAAAAAUUUCCUGUUGAUAAAAAUAUUGAAAUUUAUGAUAGAGAUGCAAGAUAUUGUUCUCAAUUAAACAUAAAUUUAGACAGCAGUUCAACCGAUAUGUUUAAACAUUUAACGGGUGAUGGAUCUAGAGUAAUAAAAAAAUCUAAAACAAAUACAUAUGGGAGAAAUCAGGUUGUUGAUAAUGAUGUUUGGGCUGUACUAAGGAAUAUAAAUAAGAUCCAGUUCAUUCCGUCACCGCCGAUGUCCUUAAAUAGCAUAGUACCGUUGAAAAAUAAAAACAAAUCAAAAAGAAGGUCAAACGAUCGAAAGGAUACGAGAUUUAUUGAAACUUGCCGUACUGAAGAAUUUGCGUAUAUAUCUUAUGAUAGCAAUUCUAUAAACAGUUGUUCUCGCUCAACUAGUUACGAUCGUAUAACAGUAAUUGGAAGGCAAGAUGAGGUUAAAGAAACAUGUACUAAAAUACAAGACGAAAACAGUGAAGUUACAAAAAAAGGGGUUAUAACGAACCAAAAAAGUCAGAGGCCGUCACGUAUUUCUUCCAAUAAUAACAAAACUCAUGCUUUAAAUGAUAAACAGGACAAUAAUGUUAAAGUAAAAACAUUAGAUGAUGAUAAACAUCAUGGCAAAUGUUCCGCUAAAAAUAUUUCAAAUAACAACGACGAUAAUGUUUUAAACGUUGGAUGCGAGGAUAAUAAAUCUAUGGCAUUAGCCACUAUUUCCAUAAAUACAGAUUCAUAUGGUGAUACUAACACAAAAUCUAAUUUUUUGAAAACCAUAUCACUAAAAACUGUGCCUGAAAAAUCAAGUUUAACAUCUAUGAAAGGACGUCAGGAUCAAUUGAAUGGAAUAACUAGAGUCGUUGUAAGUAAAGGUAAAGACAUAGACAAAGGGAAACAGCAAACUGUAAUAAGAAAGCCAAGGCUGGUUACCACUAUGCCCAGUUCUUCAGGUGUACCUAAAUUAUCACAAGCAGAUAUAAAAAGGCGGCUUGCAAACAUGAAGUUUCCUAUAGUCGUUACUGGCAAAGACCAAAUGAGCUCUUGUAUUAAAGUUCCAUACAGUGAACCCCUUCAAUUUUCUGGCCUGGACAACCAAAUUUGGCCAUUUAUGAGCAAAUGGCUUCCAAAAAUAAAUAUCCAAAACGAAAGUAUAAAUAAACGUUCAUCAACUAACGGAAAUACGGCAAAACGGAAUUUUUAUAAAUCGCCUGAACGGAAUGUUUCCGAUGAUCGACUUCCUAUGACGAUGAUGAACAAUGGUGAUCGAAAUUGCAUAAAGCAAAACAAUUGUGUUGAAGAAAUUUCCAUUAAGCCUAGAUUAGUAAAAGACGGUUCUUCUGAUCUUGAUCCACAUGCUUCAAAUAAAGUAAGACCAAUGCAUCAAUAUAAAGACAAGAUGCUCAAUAUUAUAUGUAAUAAACCAUUUUAUCACGACACUGUACAACGUUCCAUGGACAACAACGCCAAAGAUACUAAGCUAAGCGAAUUUAAUAAAAGUAUCAAAUAUUUUGAAAAUCAAAUCAAUGCACAGAAGUUGAUUAAGCAAAAAAACAAAUCAGUUUCGAUUCCGUCUGAAAGUGCAGUAAAUCGUCUCAAGUCAGGAAACAUGUGGGCGAAAGCGAAGAGGGCUAGUGAUUUUAUAGAGAAUGUAAUAAGAAAGAUCAAGUGUGGUAUUUAUUAUGACGAGGAAUACCACAGCUUUACUAAAAAAGUGGAUGCUGAAGACAGGUACACACAAACGGAUUGUGUUGGUCUUACUAAUAUUGAAGAAGGCAAAGCUAAAAGAGAUACAACGGAUGUCAUUGAUGAGACUUUUGAUACAAAAAAUAUUCCAGGAUUUGAAGAUACAUGGCAAGAUUUGGAAUUAGAAUCAAUAACUAAGAAUCAAAUUGCCGUUAAGCAUUGUAUUACUAACAUUGUUGUUCAUUUUGAUAUCGCUUUCCCUUACGAUAAUACAUGCACACUGCAACAGAAGCAAUCUUUAUCGUGUAUUCCAAUUGAGAUUACUAGCAGCCAAACUAAAAUAUACAAAUAUAAGACUUCAAUCACGAAUGCUAUGCUGCCUGCAGAAAUAUGUACCAUAUUACCCAAAAUGUUAACCAAUAUUUUUGAUACUAAUCCAAAGGUAGCAUUUCCUAAUAUUGUGGAAAAGAUCGAGUAUUCACUACCUACAAUAACAGAAGUACAGCAUCGUGGUAAUUGCGAGCGCUCUUUAAAUAUUUUUUCACCAUACAAUUUGUUACCACGAGCGGUUGAUUUAAGAAAUGGGAAAUUUUCUUCUAAUAUACUUGUGCGAGAAAAGGUCGAUAUCGAACAAGAUAAUUUUACUUCCUAUAAAUAUUCUUCUUUCUACAAUCUCUUACCAAAAAUAAACACAUACUUCUGGUGGGGUAAUUAUAUUUAUAUACCUCGAGUAGAUUUCAAAUUUAUCGAUAAAAUAAUAACAAAAAGGGAAGAUAGUUGUGACGCAAAUAAAUGUAUGGCGUUGCUUCCAUAUGUGCCGCCGAAAUUUAAUUUCGGUGGUGAGAAUACUUUAAAAAAUCUCGAAACUAAAUUAACGCAUGUAGAAAAUCCUCGUAUUUAUUUUGAUAGAGCUAUAUUUGUUAACUUUACAUUGCAACAGUUUGGAAAUCCAAGUGUGAUUGAGUUACGAAACAAUCCUUUGGAGGAAGAUUCAUUUGUAACAAAGAAAAAGGAGAAGGAUAUAAUACACGAUAAUUUACAAAACAAUAAUUUAGAUAACAAUAACGCUUUAGUGCCAUACAAAGCUAGUUUUCCGUCAUCUAAUGUCCACAAGUUGGAUAGAUAUAAGGAUGAGAUAAAGGACUUUCAGCAACUUUUGAUACCACACAAAGUUCAAAGUAAAAUGAUGUUUGAUAACGUGAAAAGAAAAAGAAGUUAUAUUAGGCUCAAUAAGAAAUGCAAAUCAACAUCGAGCAUAUCUAACUAUAAAAAAAGCACAUCCUUGCAAAAAAUUGCAAAUUUGGAUGAAUUCUUUCAAGCUCUUGGCUUAUCUAAAGAUAUGGGGAGCGUUAUUGAUGGAAAUGUUGAAAGGAAAGUGUUAUCCUCAAUCAUAGAGAUGAAAGCUUGGACUUCUGAUAUUACAUCGAGACAGGCAUUGUUAGUUCUGUUACUUGCAAAUAAAAAAGAAACAUCAAAUCUUAUCCGUUUCCGAACAGUUCUACUUCAGGGGAUUGCAAUGAAUAGAAUAACUAAAGCAUCUGAAUUGGAUAUGGAGAUAGAAGUUAUCGAGAGAGAAUCUCUAAGUAAAUUACCACAGUGUGAAGGUAUUUCAUAUUUACCGGCUUCGAUUGAAAAUCAAGAUAACCUGUUAGAGGAGCUGUGUUGGAUAGCAAAAACUACAGCUUCAGACUACCAAAGACCUUUCGAUAAAUCAUCAGAGCGUUUGCUAAAGUCCUUGCUAUGCAAGCGAAAAAAACUAAAUCCUUCAUAUCUACGUGUUAUGGCAAGAUAUGUAGGACUUGGCCUACUUAACGCUAAGUAAACGAAAUUUCAUCAAACAUUGUGAUUGUCUGUGCUAUGGUGGUGAUGAAUUAUUUUUUAUAUUUUUUUUUGUGAAAUGUGCUUGUGUAAAUCGUUUUAUCUUUGGAUUGAUAUUAAAUUAUAUUAUUUA